CGAAGCAUGAACCGUUGUUAAGUGGAAAAUGGAGGCUGAGGUUUACAUGACGAUCCUAACCUGCUUCAUCCUCGGGAGCUCGGAGGGCUUCCAGAUAGUUCACGUGCGCAAGCAACAGUGCCUCUCCAUAAAUCAGAAGGUGAUUGUGGGCUUUUGCAAUGGCAGCAGCUACAACCAGCAGUGGCUGUCAACUGAGAAUGGGAAGUUCCUUCACAUUAAAUCUGGAUUGUGCCUGGGCAUCUCCAACUCCUCAAGGGGCCCCUUCCAACCAGCAGUUGCUACUCCCUGUGCCCAGGCACCCCGAUGGACCUGCCAUGCUCAGGAAGGUUUCCUUGAGGUGGAAAAUACCUCACUCUUUCUCAAGAAACAAAACCGUAAGGUAGUGGUCAAGAAGAUCAGUAAAUACCUCGAUAGCUGGAUGAAGUUAGAUAUCAACAAGGAGGGGAGACUGGCCAAUGAAAGCCUCUGUCUGAAGCAAGCUGGCCUGGGUACAGAAGUCUCGGUGCGGAUUGCUAGAAACUCAGCUGUUCCCCAGAUUCCCACUACUUCUAACACUGUCCCAUAUAGCCCAGACCACAUUAUCAAUACCACAGAGACGUCCCUCGGGAGCACUAUAGAGACCCUCGGGAGCACUACAGAGAUCCUCGGGAGCACUACAGAGAUCCUCGGGAGCACUGCAGAGACCCUUGGGAGCAUCGCAGAGACCUACAGUCAGAGCAGCAGCAAGAGAGGGCUCCCCCAUCUGAACACGGCUGGAACUACAGACACAUCCUGGAGUCCGUCGACGACUCCACCUUUCUCCAGCACCACCGCAGAGACUGGAGUGGCAGAGCAAGUGAAAUGUAACUUCACACUGUUGGAGUCCAGGGUCUCUACCUUGUCAGCAUCUAUCCAGUGGAGGACUUUCGGGUCACCCUGUAACUUUAGCCUCAUCUACAGCAGUGAUACCUCGGGGCCCAUGUGGUGCCAUCCCAUUCGGAUAGACAACUUUACCUACGGAUGUAACCCCAAGGAUUUACAAGCAGGGACCAUCUAUAACUUCAGGAUUGUUUCUCUGGAUGGAGAAGAGAGCACUCUGGUCUUACAGACAGAUCCCUUGCCCCCUGCCAGGUUUGAAGUCAACCCGGAGAAGACAGCAUCAACCACCCUGCAGGUCCGGUGGACUCCCUCCUCUGGAAGAGUCUCCUGGUAUGAGGUGCAACUAUUUGAUCAUAACAAUCAAAAGAUACAAGAAGCCCAAGUUCAAGAAAGCACCACCUGGAGCCAUUACACUUUUCUGAACCUCACUGAGGGUAACAGUUACAAAGUUGCCAUCACAGCUGUUUCGGGAGAAAAGCGCUCCUUUCCCGUGUAUAUCAAUGGCUCUACAGUACCAUCUCCAGUGAAAGAUCUUGGCAUUUCCCCCAAUCCUAAUUCUCUCCUAAUUUCCUGGUCUCGUGGUUCUGGGAAUGUGGAACAAUACAGGCUGGUGCUAAUGGAUAAAGGGGCUGUCAUUCAAGACAUGAACGUGGACAGGCGUGAUACUUCUUAUGCUUUUCACGAGCUGACCCCUGGCCACCUCUACAACCUCACUAUUGUCACCAUGGCCUCGGGACUACAAAACUCCAGGUGGAAACUGGUGAGGACCGCUCCCAUGGAAGUCUCAAAUCUGAAGGUGACAAAUGACGGCAGUUUGACCUCUCUAAACGUGAAGUGGCAGAAACCUCCUGGGGAUGUAGAUUCCUACAGCGUUACCCUGUCUCACCAAGGGACCGUCAAAGAAUCCAAAACAUUGGCACCCCGUGUUACUGAAACUCAAUUUAAGGACUUAGUCCCUGGACGGCUUUACCAAGUGACCGUCAGCUGCAUCUCUGGUGACCUCUCGGCUGAGAAGUCAGCAGCGGGCAGAACAGUUCCAGAAAAAGUGAGGAAUUUGGCUUCCUACAAUGAGAUUUGGCUGAAGUCCUUUGCAGUGAACUGGACGCCCCCUGCUGGAGAUUGGGAGCACUAUCGUAUCCUGCUCUUCAAUGAAUCCUUGGUCUUGCUCAACACCACUGUGAGAAAGGAAGAAACGCACUAUGCCUUGGAUGACUUGGAGCUCAUACCAGGAAGACAGUAUGAGGUAGAAGUCAUUGUUGAGAGCGGAAAUCUGCGGCAUUCCGAGCGCUGCCAAGGCAGGACAGUACCCCUGGCUGUCCUCCAGCUUCGCAUCAAACACGCUAAUGAAACUUCACUGGGCAUCACGUGGAGGGCCCCUCUAGGUGAAUGGGAGAAAUACAUCAUUUCGCUGAUGGACAGAGAGCUCUUGGUCAUCCACAAGUCACUCUCCAAAGAUGCCAAAGAAUUCACUUUUACAGACCUGAUGCCUGGACGCAAUUACAAGGCUACCGUCACUAGCAUGAGUGGAGAUUUAAAACAGUCAUCGUCAAUCAAAGGAAGAACAGUGCCUGCCCAGGUGACCGACCUGCACGUCAGCAACCAAGGGAUGACCACUAGUCUGUUCACUAAUUGGACAAAGGCACUGGGAGAUGUAGAGUUCUACCAAGUUUUACUGAUCCAUGAGAAUGUGGUGGUCAAGAACGAGAGUGUUUCCAGUGACACCAGCAGAUACAGCUUCCGAGCCCUGAAAUCCGGCAGCCUCUACUCCGUGGUGGUGACCACGAUGAGUGGAGGGAUCUCCUCCCGGCAGGUGGUGGCAGAAGGAAGAACAGUCCCGUCCAGCGUGAGUGGAGUGACAGUCAACAAUUCCGGCCGGAAUGACUACCUCAGUGUCUCCUGGCUGCCAGCACCUGGAGAAGUGGAUCACUACGUGGUGACCCUCUCCCACGAGGGCAAGGUAGUUCAGUUCCUCAUCAUUGCCAAAUCUGUCAGCGAGUGUGCCUUCAGCUCCCUCACCCCAGGCCGCCUCUACAACAUCACCAUAACCACCAAGAGUGGCAAUUAUGCAAGUCACUCCUUCAGCGAGGAACGGACAGUGCCUGACAAGGUCCAGGGAAUCAGUGUUAGCAACUCUGCCAGAAGCGACUACUUAAAGGUGUCCUGGGUGCAUGCCACCGGAGACUUUGACCGCUAUGAAGUCACCAUCAAAAACAGUGAAAGCUUCAUUCAAACCAAAAACAUCCCCAAGUCAGAAAAUGAGUGUGUAUUUGUUAAGCUGGUCCCUGGACGCCUGUACAGCAUCACUGUCAGUACAAAGAGUGGACAAUAUGAAGCCAGUGAACAAGGGACAGGGAGAACAAUCCCAGAGCCUGUGAAGAACCUCACCCUUCUCAACAGGAGUACGGAGGAUCUCCAUGUGACUUGGUCAAGAGCCAAUGGGGAUGUUGAUCAGUACGAGGUCCAGCUGCUCUUCAACGACAUGAAGGUCUUCCCACCUAUUCACCUUGUGAACACAGCAACUGGGUAUCAGUUCACCGCGCUCACACCCGGACGCCAUUACAAAAUCCUUGUCCUGACCAUCAGUGGCGAUGUCCAGCAGUCAGCCUUCAUUGAAGGACUCACAGUCCCCAGCACUGUCAAAAACGUUCACAUUUCUGCCAACGGAGCCACAGAUAGGCUGAUGGUAACCUGGAGCCCUGGUGGCGGGGAUGUUGACUCCUAUGUGGUAUCUGCAUUCAGACAGAAUGAGAAGAUUGACUCUCAGACCAUUCCCAAGCAUGCCUCAGAGCACACGUUCCACAGGCUGGAGGCUGGAGCCAAGUACAGGAUCGCCAUUAUUUCUGUCAGUGGGUCCCUGAGAAACCAGAUAGAUGCGCUCGGACAGACAGUCCCAGCGUCUGUCCAGGGAGUCGUCGCAGACAAUGCAUACAGCAGUAAUUCCUUAACAGUAAGUUGGCAGAAAGCCCUUGGUGUGGCAGAAAGAUACGAUAUCCUGCUUCUAAAUGAGAAUGGAAUUCUUUUGAGCAACACGUCAGAGCCAGCUACGGCAAGACAGCACAAAUUUGAAGAUCUGACGCCAGGCAAGAAAUAUAAGAUGCAGAUCCUGACUGUCAGUGGAGGCCUCUUUAGUAAAGAAGCCCAGGCUGACGGCCGAACAGUCCCAGCAGCUGUCACCAACCUGAGGAUCACAGAGAACUCCAGUAGACACUUGUCCUUCAGCUGGACCGCCUCAGAGGGUGAACUCAGCUGGUACAACAUCUUCCUAUACAACCCAGACAGAACUCUUCAGGAACGAGCUCAAGUUGACCCGCUAGUCCAGAGCUUCUCUUUCCAGAAUUUGCUACAAGGCAGAAUGUACAAGAUGGUGAUUGUCACUCACAGUGGGGAGCUGUCCAAUGAGUCCUUUAUAUUCGGCAGAACAGUCCCAGCUGCUGUGAACCAUCUCAAGGGCUCCAAUCGGAACAUGACAGACAGCCUUUGGUUCAGCUGGAGUCCAGUCUCCGGGGACUUUGACUUCUAUGAGCUGAUCCUCUACAAUCCCAAUGGCACGAAGAAGGAGAACUGGAAAGAAAAGGACGUGACAGAGUGGCGUUUUCAAGGUCUCGUUCCUGGAAGGAAAUACACCCUAUAUGUGGUGACUCACAGUGGGGACCUCAGCAAUAAAGUCACAGGGGAGGGCAGAACAGCCCCAAGUCCUCCGAGUCUUCUGUCAUUCGCCGAUGUUGCGAACACCUCCUUGGCCAUCACCUGGAAGGGACCCCCAGACUGGACUGACUACGAUGACUUUGAGCUGCAGUGGUCCCCUGGAGAUGCGCUUACCAUCUUCAACCCCUACAGCAGCAGAAAGUCAGAAGGACGCAUUGUGCACGGGCUUCGCCCAGGGAGGUCCUACCAAUUCAGCGUCAAGACCGUGAGCGGGGACUCCUGGAAAACCUACAGCAAACCAAUUUCUGGGUCUGUGAGGACAAAGCCAGACAAGAUACAAAACCUGCAUUGCCGCCCCCAGAACUCCACGGCCAUUGCCUGCUCUUGGAUACCCCCUGACUCCGACUUUGACGGCUAUAGCAUUGAGUGCCGAAAAAUGGAUACCCAAGAAAUCGAGUUUUCCAGAAAGCUGGAGAAAGAAAAAUCACUGCUCAACAUCAUGAUGUUAGUGCCUCAUAAGAGGUACCUGGUGUCCAUCAAGGUGCAGUCGGCCGGCAUGACCAGUGAGGUGGUUGAAGAUAGCACCAUCACCAUGAUAGACCGCCCGCCUCCACCGCCUCCGCACAUCCGCGUGAAUGAAAAGGAUGUGCUGAUCAGCAAAUCUUCCAUCAACUUUACUGUCAACUGCAGCUGGUUCAGCGACACCAACGGAGCGGUUAAAUACUUCGCUGUGGUGGUGAGAGAGGCCGACAGCAUGGAUGACUUGAAGCCAGAACAGCAGCAUCCUCUCCCUUCCUACCUGGAUUACAGCCACAACGCCUCCAUCCGAGUCUACCAGACCAAUUAUUUUGCCAGCAAAUGUGCUGAAAGACCCGACAGCAGUUCUAAAAGUUUCACCAUUAAGCUUGGAGCAGAGAUGGACAGCCUUGGUGGCAAAUGUGAUCCCAGUCAGCAGAAAUUCUGCGAUGGACCGCUGAAGCCACACACUGCCUACAGAAUCAGCAUCCGGGCUUUUACUCAGCUAUUUGACGAGGACUUGAAAGAGUUCACAAAACCUCUCUAUUCAGAUACGUUCUUCUCUAUGCCCAUCACCACAGAGUCAGAGCCCUUGUUUGGAGUCAUUGAGGGUGUGAGUGCUGGUCUGUUUCUCAUUGGCAUGCUGGUGGCCCUUGUCGCCUUCUUCGUCUGCAGACAGAAAGCUAGCCACAGCAGGGAAAGGCCAUCUGCCCGGCUGAGCAUUCGCAGGGAUCGGCCUUUGUCUGUCCAUUUGAAUCUGGGCCAGAAAGGCAACCGGAAAACGUCUUGCCCCAUAAAGAUAAAUCAGUUUGAAGGGCAUUUCAUGAAGCUGCAGGCGGACUCCAACUACCUUCUAUCCAAGGAAUAUGAGGACUUAAAAGAUGUGGGUAGAAGCCAGUCAUGUGACAUUGCCCUCUUGCCUGAGAAUCGAGGGAAAAAUCGAUACAACAACAUAUUGCCUUAUGAUGCCUCGAGAGUGAAGCUCUGUAACGUCGAUGAUGACCCUUGCUCUGACUACAUCAACGCCAGUUACAUCCCCGGUAACAACUUCAGAAGAGAAUACAUAGCUACUCAGGGACCGCUUCCGGGCACCAAGGAUGACUUCUGGAAAAUGGCGUGGGAGCAGAAUGUUCACAACAUCGUCAUGGUGACCCAGUGUGUUGAAAAGGGCCGAGUAAAGUGUGACCAUUACUGGCCAGCAGACCACGACCCCCUCUACUACGGUGAUCUCAUCCUGCAGAUGGUCUCGGAGUCCGUGCUCCCGGAGUGGACCAUCAGGGAGUUUAAGAUAUGCAGUGAAGAACAGUUGGAUGCACACAGACUCAUCCGUCACUUCCACUACACGGUGUGGCCAGACCAUGGGGUCCCAGAGACCACCCAGUCCCUGAUCCAAUUUGUGAGGACAGUCAGGGACUAUAUCAACAGAAGCCCGGGGGCCGGGCCCACCGUAGUGCACUGCAGCGCUGGUGUGGGCAGAACAGGGACGUUUGUUGCCCUGGACCGGAUCCUCCAGCAGUUGGACUCUAAGGACUCUGUGGAUAUUUAUGGGGCAGUGCAUGACCUAAGACUCCACAGGGUUCACAUGGUCCAGACCGAGUGUCAGUACGUGUAUCUGCAUCAGUGUGUGAGAGAUGUCCUCAGAGCAAAGAAACUGCGGAACGAGCAAGAGAACCCCCUGUUUCCGAUCUAUGAAAAUGUGAAUCCAGAGUAUCACAGAGAUGCAAUCUACUCAAGACAUUAAGAAUUCACCUGAAGAUCCCCUGGAUAAAAGUUUUUCACUGUGUGACUU